AUGAAACUCGCCUCAGCCAUCCUCGUCAUCACAACCAUUGCCUGGGCCACAUUUGCCCAGGUACAUGUGCGGCAGUCCAAGAGUACCCUUGGCCCUCGUCAAGAAAACAAGAAAUUUUGGUACGAGGAGGUUUUGCAUAACGGAGUAAGCCCCGUUGGAGAAUGGUCAGUUUUCCGCAAUGUGAAGGAGUACGGGGCCAAGGGCGACGGCAUUACCGAUGACACCGCUGCGAUUCAGCGCGCAAUCUCAGAAGGAACAGCUAGUGGUGAUCGCAUCUCGGGGACGUUUGGGAGCACUGGUCAACCAGCAGUGGUGUAUUUUCCCGCGGGUAUAUACCUCGUGACUUCGACAAUACGCAGCGCUGUUGGAACUGUUCUUAUGGGUAACCCCCUCAACCGAGCCGUUCUCAAGGCGUCUAAGACUUUCAGUGGAACUUUUCUAUUAUAUGGACACGAUCAGCGAUACUCGGGACUGGUGGGAUUCUUUCACGGGGUCAAAAGUUUAGUCCUUGAUAGCACCGACGUACCCGGCGAGACGACAUUGGGCCUUUUAGAGUGGAGUGUGAGUCAAAACAACCUGCUCUCUAACGUCGCCUUCCGGAUGCCUCUUGGCGCCUCAGGUCACGGUGGUGUCUGGAUGCAAGGGUUGAAUUCAGGCUUGGUGAUGAACGAUCUAGAGUUUACCGGUGGUUCAGUGGGAAUUACCAUUGCUGCGACUCAGUACCACCUAAAGAACAUUUUCUUUAAGGAUGUCUUAACUGGCGUAAAAAUCAGUCGCUCAGUGCAGGUGACCGCACAGGGCCUCCAGUUCGAGGGAUGCACGACAGGUUUAGAUUCCAGUGGCGGCGCUCACGGAUUAAUCAACCUCAUUGAUUCAAAGGCUACUAACACGUCGGUUAUGCUGAGUGUUUCUGCGUCAGACUCUGCCUGGGGCGCUGUUGUGGUUGAGAACGUCGUGGUCGAUGACUCGGUCGCUUCGAGGACUGUUAGCAUCGCCGGCUCAGUUGCAUUACAAGGUUCUGUGGAUCCAGGGUUCUCUUGGAUUCGCGGAAGCGUCUACGAGGCCGACUCAACAAGUCCGCAGAUGUCCAAGGGUGGAUUAAUUGAGACAUCCCGGCCCGAGGCUUUAGUCAACGACAUAGGCUCCUAUCAUACCGUUGUGCCGCCGACAUACGCCGAAUAUGACGUAGCCCAAGUGAUCAAUAUUAAGAGCGUCCCGGACUACCCUGUUCGAGGUGACGGUGUCGGGGAUGAUACUGUGGGCAUCCAGGCAAUUAUCAACCUCGCGUCAGAAGAGGGCAAGGUGCGCUACGGGCUCAAAAUUCUCGGAUGCAAAAACCCCACACCGAUGGUCAAGGUCGGGCAGGAGGGUGAUGUCGGGGUUGCUCAGUUAUCCGACUUCAUCUUUACCGUUGCAGAAACCCUUCCUGGUGCGGUACUGCUCCAGGUCAACAUGGCUGGGUCAGCUCCAGGAGAUGUCGGCGUCUUCAAUACUCACUUUCGCAUCGGAGGCGCUUUUGGAACAAAGACAAAGACAGAGUGCUCGAAUCCUGCUAAUUGUUUAGCGGCAAGACUUUCGCUGCAUACCACAUCAGGGGCGUCACUAUAUUUAGAAAACUCUUGGUCGUGGACCGCCGACCACGACCUAGACGGCAGCAACACGGUAUAUCCUGGCACAGGAGCUGGAUAUCUCAUUGAAUCGAGAGGUGGGACCUGGAUACUCGGUGCCGGGGUCGAGCACCACGUUCUUUACCAAGUAAACAUUAACAACGCCGCAAACGUGUUUAUUGGGCUCCAGGAAGGCGAGUCUGCCUACUGGCAAGGCAACGGAAACACGCUACUAGCUCCGAAGCCUUGGUCAGACUCGCUUCUCGAGAGCGACCCGGAUUUUAGCUGGUGUGAUCCAGCAGACGCCCAGCUCAAGCUUUUGGAACUUCGUUUCUGGACCUCAGCGUACGAUGUGUAG